UCCAAUUCCAAUUUAGGGUUUUGAUUUCUUUCUCUAUAUAUCUCUCUCUCUUUCACCGAACAAAAACAAAGCUCUGAACUUCUUUUCGCCUCUGUUCCAGCCCAAUUAACCUUCCUUGACGUUUCCCUCUGUUACCCGAAAAUCAAAUUAUUCAGGACUGUAAAUUUAGAUGGAGACUGCAAUUGUUCCUGUUUCCAUGCCUUAUACACCUAUUACUCCUACUGAGAACAGUGAGUCACUUAGUUCCGAAGUACAGCCGAAUAAACAGAAGAGGAAGAAGUCUAUUGUCUGGGAUUAUUUUACUGAGGAGAUUGUCGGUGAUGGAUCUAUCAGGGCCUUAUGUAAUCAGUGCAAGAGAUCAUUUGCUUACAUUACUGGUACAAAGGUAGCUGGAACUAGCCACCUCAAAAGACACAUCGAGUUGGGUAUCUGCCCCGUGAGUCGUCAGAGAAAUCAACAGACACCAGACCCUAAAACUGGUAAUGCCAUUGAUGAAAUGAGAAAAAACGACGACUAACUCAUAGAACUGCAAGCAUCCCUUUUAACCAGGAAAACUGCAACCAUGAGAUAGCCAAGAUGAUCAUCCUGCAUGAGUAUCCCUUCCACAUUGUAGAACACUCUGGUUUUAUUGAUUUUGUGUGGACUCUCCAACCCCAGUUCAAUAUGAUGGGUUUCAAAUCUAUUCGAGAUUGUGUCGUUAUGUGCUUGAAAGAGAAGCAGAUCCUUCUCAAUUUUAUCAAUGAAAUUCCGGGCCGGGUCAGCUUACUUUAGAUUUGUGGAUUUCAAAUCAAACUGUGGGCUAUAUUUUUCUAAGAGGACAAUUCAUGGAUAGUGAAUGGAAUUUGAAUCGCUGCCUGCUUAAUGUAGUCACGGUACCUUCUCUUGAUUCAGACGGUGCCUUACAGCAAGCUGUCAUUUCUUGUCUAUCUGAUUGGCAUUUGGAGGACAGGCUAUUUACCCUUACACUUGAUCAGUCCUACUCAGACGAGAGCAUAAAUGAAAGCCUAAGAGCUCUGUUUUCUGUUAGGAAUCCUUAUGUGCUUCAUGGACAGUUAUUGAUUGGAAAUUGCUUUGCUCGAGUUAUAAGUCUUCUUGCACAAGAGGCACUAUGGGUAUGUGGGGAAAACUUCAGAUACGAAGAGACACUUUUCCAUCUAAACGAACAACUUAAAGACUCUAGCUUGAAAGACAUAUUCAUCGAUGACCAAACAAAAUGGAACACUACAUAUGACAUGUUGUUGGUUGCCUGCGAACUAAAGCAGUAUUUUAACCGCCCAAACAUACCCGACUGCCAGUGCAUUCUAUCAUGAAAUAUCAAAAGUUCAAUUAGAGUUGACGCAUGCCUCAAUGAGAACGACCCAUUUGUCAGCACCUUGACCAAGCCUUUGAAGGAGAAGUUUGAUAGAUAUUGGAGUGACUGCUUCUUAGUUUUGGCAAUUGCUGUGGUAAUGGAUCCAAGGUUCCAAAUGAAACUUGUUGAGUUUAGCUUCUCUAGGAUAUAUGGUGAUGAUGCUGGAAUUUGGAUUAAGAUUGUUGAUGAUGGGAUUCAUGAGCUCUACCUUGAAUUUACCGCACAAGAAGUUCAUCCACCUACCGCACAAGAAGUUCAUCCACCUAAAACAUUUGUGGAAGAACGGAAUGAAAGCAGUAUUUGUGAAGAGAAUGGGAGCAUCAUCCCUGAAAUUGAACACCACGAAGAAGGAUACCUUCAAGGACCACCCGAAGAAGGAUACCUUAAAGAGGGCCCAUCUGAACAAGUAGCUUGUCAUGAAACACCCCAUCCGGAAGUAGCGUCCCAGGAAGUACCUUCUCAAGAUCCUCUUAUUACUAUUGGAGAUGGACUUUCAGAUUUUGAGCUCAGUAGCCAGAAAACGAAAUCAGAAUUAGAUCAAUAUCUCGAAGAGUCUCUUUUGCCUCAGGAACAAGAUUCCAAUAUUUUGAGCUGGUGGAAACUAAACAAGACAAAGUAUCCUAUUCUCCGGAGGAUGGCUUCCGACAUUUUAUCAAUUCCAUUUUCUACCGCUAGUCCUGAUUCCAUUUUCGACACAGAGAGGAAAAAGAUAAAUAAUUACAACAGUUCAUUACGACCGGUGACACUCGAAGCUCUCAUCUGCUCAAAGGAUUGGCUCCAGUAUGGAGGAGUAUCAGAGAGUUGGAUGCAAUUGUGAGGAUGGAAUUCUAAAUUGCAGAUUUUAUUCAGGAAUCUCUUUUACUGGAUAUGAUAGGUCUCUUAGUGAUGUUCCAAUGUCAGUAUAAUUCCCCCCACAUAUGUACUUGGAUGUUUUAUAGGAUUCUUAUUUGCUGCUAAUGGAAUUGACAUUUCUUAGUUAAGUGAAUCAAACUUACUUUUGAUUCA